UCAGUGCACCUGAUCCCUGUCUCGGUGGCAGGCUUUUCCUCGACUCUGAACAGUUGGGAAGUCUGUAAAGCUUUUGUGCAGGAUGGCAUCGGCUGCUAUUGUGGACAGGCAAAAGCAAUGAAAAGGAGAGCCGAAUAAAAGAAUAAAUCCUCCUCCUGCUGCCCUGGAUAAAUUAUUAUUGGCAAUUUGCUCCACUGGAUCCACAGCGUGGGUGUGUUUUAAACGCAAUUCGAUCCCCUCUUGGUUAGAGACCUCCGCCUAUAAAUCCCUAUAAAACAUUACAUAAGCUCUUUGAGACAAGAGGUAUCAUCGUGAAGAGAACUACGAGAAUUAGAAGUUCGUUGGGGAAAGGCUUCAAGAGAUACUCAGAAUGACCAAAUCGUACAGUGAACACCCACUGAUGAGAGAGCCUCAGCCUCACGGCACCCCCAGCUGGACUGACGAUUGCCUCAGCUCCCAGGACGACGAUCAUGAAAUGGACAAGAAAGAGGAGGAGUUGGAAACCUUACAGGCAGAGGCUGAUGUCGAAUCUCUGAGAAACGGGGAAGAAGAGGAGGAAGAAGAGGAGGAUGACCUAGAGGAGGAGGAGGCAGAUGAAGACGAGGAGGAAGCGGAGGAGGACGAGGAAGGCGACGAGGACGACCAAAAACCCAAAAGACGUGGCCCCAAGAAGAAGAAGAUGACCAAAGCGCGGCUGGAGAGAUUCAAGAUGCGGCGUAUGAAGGCCAACGCCCGCGAACGGAAUCGCAUGCACGGUCUCAACGCCGCGCUGGACAACCUGCGGAAAGUCGUACCUUGCUACUCCAAGACGCAGAAGCUGUCCAAGAUCGAGACGCUGCGCCUGGCCAAAAACUAUAUCGGGGCUCUCUCCGAGAUCUUGCGUUCGGGCAAGAGCCCCGACUUGGUGUCUUUCGUGCAGAGUCUCUGCAAAGGCUUAUCUCAGCCCACUACCAACCUGGUGGCCGGCUGCCUCCAGCUCAAUCCUCGGACCUUCCUGCCCGAGCAGAACCCGGAGCUUCUGACCCACAUCCAGCCUACCGGAGCUUCCUUCCCGGGCCAUCCUUACCCUUACCAAUCGCCCGGGCUUCCGAGUCCGCCCUACGGCACCAUGGACAGCUCCCAUCUCUUCCAUCUCAAGGCACCGCCCGCUUACGGGGCAGCGCUGGAGCCCUUCUUCGAGAGCGCCCUGGCCGAAGGUGAGAGCCCCGCUUUCGACGGGCCCCUCAGCCCGCCGCUCAGCGUCAACGGGAACUUCUCCUUCAAGCACGAACCGUCCAACGAGUUCGAGAAGAACUACGCCUUCACCAUGCACUACCCGACCGCCGGCCUGGCCGGAGCUCCCGGCCACGGUUCUAUCUUCGCCUGCUCGGCGGCUUCGCGCUGCGAUCUCCCUCUCGACAGCCUCCUGCCCUACGAGAGCCAGGUCCAUCACGAGAGGGUCAUGAGCGCCCAGCUCAACGCGAUCUUUCACGACUGAAAGAUCUCCCAAGGCGCUUUAGGUGGUGGAACCGGGAUGCUCGCGGCGGCCACGGACUCCGGGCUUACUACGUUCCGCGCAAGGAAGGGCGCAAAAGACGGAAGGAGUGGAGGAAAGGGAACCCUUCCAGGCUUCAGAGACACUUUUUAUGCGUAUUAGGGGUCUCGCCUUCAGGAGCAACGGAGAAGCGGACAUUUCUCUUGGGCCCGCCGGUCAUUCUCGCCCUUCCUCCCGUCACUCCGAAUUUUGAUGGUGUUGAUUAGAUUGAAGUUCGGCUUUCCCUUGGUUUGAUCGGCACAACGAAUGGCAAGCAAUAAUUAGGAUCUAUGCAAUUUUUUUUAAAAAAAACAAAACACAAACAAACACUAAAUCGGUCAGUUACAAAAAGAAGAAGAAAGAAAUUGAAAGUAUAUAUAAAAUUUAUAUUUUUCAAUCAGCAUUUCCCCCCCCCCUUCUUGUUACCUUUCCCCUGUUGGCUUCUUUUGUUGUGAUUUUUUUUUUGUACAGAAUUUUUAAUAACUUUUUGAUAAACUAUUUUGAACCAUGCAGCUUCAUCAAUUUUUAUACCUAUCAGAAACAAAGUAGAAUACUAUCUAAUUUAUAUAGAAUGAUUUAAGUAAUUUAAACCAGCAGAAAAAUACUUAGAAGAACAAGGGAGAAAAAAAGCUGUUUGUUGCCUUAGCAUCUCCCCCCUUCAAUUUCCUUUUAAAUUUUCACACACACACACACACACACACCUUCAAAACUUUUCUUUGGGGGAGGGUAAGAAAACCUCUAUGUUAUUUUCAUUUAUAAAAAUGCUUAAAAGGAUGGAAGAAGGAAAAUAUUUAUUUCCCAUUAAUUAAAUUGGCAUAUUAUUCCAAUACUGCAAAAUUUUGUGUGUGUGUGUGCAUGUGUGUGCAUGUACCCAUGUUCUCAUGAACAAAUACCCUGCACUUAUCCACAAAAAACAGCUGCUUUAGGAUCACAUUCAACUUGCAAUGUUUUUUUAAAGCUCUUUGGUGUCCACCCUAAUUCCUUUCAAAUUUUGAAGAAACUACAGAUAAAGAAACACUGUUUCCAUGCAACAUUAAAUGCAUGAUUUUAAAAAUACAUAGUUAUAUAAUUUUUUUUAUUUCUGUCCAGGCGGGAAAAAAAUUAAAAGAUUUAUGAUCGUUGGGUUAUAUUAUAUACCAAUUGUAGUUAGCAGUUUUCAAACCAAUGCAAAUCAUUUGACUUUGUAAUUAGAACAAGAUAGUUAUGCAUGCACAAUGCAACCCAGAAUAAGUGCUGUCUGAAAUGUAAUGCUGGUUCACCUGAAAUCAACCUGUACUGUAAUUUUGUUUGUAAUCCUGUAUGUGACAGCGUAAUGCACAUUUGGAAUGUUAAAAAAAAAAAAAACAAGCUGGGUGA